UUACUUACUUAUCGUCGGAUCAAAACGUAAAGAGUGAAUGCUCCGCGAUUAAACAUUUUUAUCCGUUAAAAGUGUGUAGCCAGUGCGAAUUUCGGGAGUGUUGAAAGUCGGGAAUGUCGAUUAAAAUGACGGGCGACUGCUGGAAUGUAUUAUUUAUCGUGAAUGUUCGCGACGAGUGUCGUUCCAUCGAUCUCCAAACCGUAGAUUGAAACUAGCACGGUUCAGGCUAGUAGAAAUUUUUAUGUGACAAACGUUAUAUUCGCUCAAGAGAGUAAAAACACGAUGUACUUUUUAUUAACAUGUAGCAUGUUGAAAAUUUAGCUUAUCGGGAUUAAAUCGGGUAAAACGUAGUUGUGUUGUAUGCUAUUCGUGCGAGAUAACCUCUACGCCAUCUUUUCAAGGUAGUCAGCGCUUGUUUCGUUAGCUCGGCGAGUUUGUUUACAGUACCGCGACGAUCACCGAAUGUGUAAGAGUAAUAAUCGGAUAGUUACGUGUAUGAAUACGUUUUAUGUUGCAUUUAUACGUUUCGAGUACCGAAGCAAAUUCGCGACUAAAAUUUGUAUAAUUUUUACGUUAGUAAACGUGCAUUUUAACUUUUGUUCAGUAGUGCGUGUAAUUACAUGUGAAUUAUCAGCAUUUAUUCUUCGAUGGAACUUCGAUGGAUUUAAUAAUUUAACAACGAAUCGAAACAGCAGCUAGGACAGACUGUAAUAAUGAAUAAUAAUAGUACACAGCCGAAAAGAUGCACUUACAAUUACCUGAAGGAUACAACGAUUGGACACCAUAAUGCAGGAUUGCCUUGGCCAGCCUGAUUUUGCGAAGAUCCAUCAUCCGCCCCGAAAAGACUUUGGCAGAUGUGUGAGCCCCCCGGUGUGUUUGAAACAACAGCGGGGCCAACGGGUUGCAGCGGCGGAACAUCGGCUGGUGAGUCAACUGGGACAGUCACGCGCACGGAACCGGAAGCUGUUGAAACGGAGCGGUUAUGAGAGUUCGAUGACCACGAGCCCGCGGACCAUCGACGCUACCAUGGACUACCUGCAGACGUGCCUCAUCUUUUACCUGCUAAUCCUCUGCUUCUGCGGCGGACGUUCCAUAGACAUAUCACAAUGCACUGCACCCCUGGGGAUGGAAUCAGGCGCGAUUCCCGAUGCGGACAUCACUGCGAGCUCCAGCUUUGAUAGCGGAAACGUCGGGCCGCAUCGCGCACGACUGAGGCAGGAGAGCCACGGAGGUGCCUGGUGUCCGAAGCAGCAGAUCACGACGGAGCCGCGCGAGUGGCUGGAAAUCGAUCUUCACACGGUGCACAUGAUCACGGCGACCAACACUCAGGGUCGCUUCGGUAACGGCCAGGGCGUCGAGUAUUCGGAGGCGUACCUGCUCGAAUACUGGAGACCGAAGCCGGGAAAGUGGGUGCGCUACAAGAGCUUUAACGGCGAGGAGGUCAUUCAAGGUAACAGCAACACCUAUCUGGAGUCGAAGCACGAAUUGAAAUCACCGCUCUGGGCGAGCAAAAUUCGUUUCGUACCCUACAGCUACCAUCGUCGCACUGUUUGCAUGCGCGUCGAAAUAUACGGCUGCCCGUGGAAGGACGGCAUCGUCUCCUACUCGAUGCCGCAAGGUGACAAGCGCAACAGUUGCGAGUUCUUCGACACGACUUACGAUGGUCAUUGGGACGGACAACUCGUCCGUGGUUUGGGGCAACUGACCGACGGCAUGAAGGGACCGGACACCUUCAAGACGUGCUUUUACGACAGCUUGGACAGAAAUCAGGGAUGGGUCGGCUGGAAGAAUGACACACGAUCCGGACAUCCGCUCGAGAUCAAAUUCGAAUUCGAUGACGUCCGGGAAUUCUCGGCUGUUCACAUCUACUGCAACAAUCAGUUCACCAAGGACGUGCAGGUAUUUUCCGAGGUUGCCGUCAUGUUCAGCAUCGGCGGCAGGUACUACACGGGUGAUCCGAUCGUGUACUCUUACAUGGAGGACAGGAUCUUCGAGUACUCGAGAAAUAUCACGAUCAAGCUGCACCAUCGGAUCGGCAAGUUCGUCAAGCUGAGAUUCAGCUUCGCCUCGCGAUGGAUUAUGAUCAGCGAGAUCACCUUUGACUCCGACAUUGCUCACGGCAACUUUACCCCAGAAGUACCGCGCACGACCGAAACUCCGCAAAAUCGGGAGAAAGUUUUCACCCGAGACAACAAUCCCUUGCUGGCCGAAGUUCCGGUGGCUAAGCAGGACGAUUCGACUUACAUGGCUGUGAUCGUCGGCGUCUUGACCGUUGUAAUUCUGCUGAUGGCGGUCGUCAUAUUCCUAAUAGUCACGCGUCACAGACAGCGAAAGAACUUUGCCAGUCCUCUGGGCACCAAGAGUGCGAUCCCGUCGGGCAAUCAUCAGCAUCUGUCGCCGGAAUCCGCGUACGGCACCACGGAGAAGGACCCCUCCUUGAUGACCUACAGAGUCGAGGAACUCGACGACCGGUACGCCGGCACGAAGCUCACGACCCUGCCGCGCGAGCUCAAUGAUCGUCUUUUGGGCGAUGUCAGACUCGACGAAUACCAGGAACCCUUCCACGAGAACAAGUAUCGGGCCUCUCCUCAUGCGGCGUACUACGGAUACAGCACGGUUGUUAUAGACAACAAGGAUCUCCACGACAACGUCGAACAGUCUGAUGCCACUUAUGACUAUGCAGUACCAAUGCCCGUGCCUAGUGUAAGCAGCGAUCAGGAUAGCGUGUUCUCAAAAUCGUCCUCCAGGGGCAGCGCAAAGGCGUGCUUGCAGAGCUUUUUCCCGCCGCCUCCGCCCCCUAUGAGCGCGCCACCCCCUCGGGGCUCCAGCAAUCUGACGUACUCGAAUCCACCGAGUCCGGAACCAGUUUGCGAGCGCAGAGGAAGUAAGCGCCGCGAGCACUCCUUGCACAGAUACGCGUAAGAACUUCUUACAGCCUGCAGGAUAUUCAUGGAAGGCGAAUGGAUCGAAGGUAUGAUAGAUUCUUCGUUACUGCAAGCAGUGAAACCGCGUGAUCGAGUGAACCCUCCGGCAUCGGUUCACUUUCAAGCGAAAAAUCUCGCUCCAUCUCUUACUCGUCCAACGGGUGUAACUCAUUAACUUUUGUAAUAUCACACUUCGUGCAUCCUAAAGCUCAUAAUUGACAAAUAAUACUCUCGCUUUCAUAUCAUUCCACACAUUCCGCGCCAUCUGCGCGUUUUCACAAUUUUUACGCCCGUUGGAGAGGAAGAAGGCGAGUGUGGAGCGGAGCGAAACAGAGCUGGCGCCGUCAGAACACCGUGAGAACACGCGCGUUGUUAAUUUCGAGGUAAAGGCCGGUAGCAAAAAUAACACGUUGUAUAUUUCGGAGUAAACGCUGCGAGCGACCGCGCGGCGAAAGGGAUCGUAAUCCUGCUUGUUACAACGACGAUAUUUUUCCCCCUCGAGUUUAGCGCGAGAAAAAAAAACGACGCGAUCGCGGCGCGGUCGCGUCCGUCGUGAAACCACUCUCUUCUCGACGAGCACUGCCAUCGAUGAAUUUUCGAGCAUACCUGCGUGACCUCGAACACGGUCUUUUAGGGAGGUUUGAUCUAUUUCCUAUUAGGCGCAUCGCGUAAUCGAAGUUGUAUUAAAUUGGCAUAUCAUUUUGACGGUAAAGUGACCUCGCGCAGAAGUGGCUCUUCCCGAGAUUCGUCCGCGAAACCAGCCACGAAAGCUGACAGCACCGAGAAUACGCAAGUAACUGCUCGAUGCUCUCGGAAGCGCGUUCGCAGUUUUUCCGAAUCAUCCGCUAAAAAUCAAGUCUCAGCAUCUUUCACGUUUCAGCACACACUGCCAAGUUUUCUCUACACUUGGAGCGGAAUUUCGCGAACGAAAUGUAACUUGUGACGUUGCGAAAUGCCACUUCCGUCCGUCGGUCUCUCAGAAUGGCGAAGGUAAACGAUGUGCAAUCGCUACGAGGAAUGUACACACACGUCAACGCCGUGCGGGCGAAUUUCCAGGAAGAGUCACGUUAAUGAUUUGGUCUGUUCGGCGCGCAUGUGCAACAAGAUCGAGCUCGCUAUCGAUCCAGGAGAGACACGCGCGAAGGAAAGAAAAAAAAA